AUGUCUUCGCGUGCGGCCGCCAAAGUUGGCCAUGGCCUCGCAAAGGUUUUGGGGAUCAAGCUGCAAUAUCGCAAUCCAACCGGAGCCGGCCAAGUAGACCUGACAAGAGGCGAAUCGGCCUACUCUGUAUCCACAGCCGACACCUUUGUCGAACAGGAGCCGACAUCACUGGAGUGGAUCAGCCAGAUCGCACCUACUCCUCGUACCUUUACAAACUGGGCCUAUCAUCUCUUCCCCUUUACUCAUUGGAUUGGCCGCUACAAUGCGUCUUGGCUCGUCGGAGAUUUGAUCGCAGGUAUCACCGUGGGAGCUGUCGUCGUUCCUCAAUCCAUGGCUUAUGCCAAAUUGGCCCUGCUUCCCGUCCAGUUCGGUCUGUAUUCUUCAUUCAUGGGCGUUUUGAUAUAUUGGUUCUUCGCCACAUCCAAGGAUAUUACCAUUGGCCCCGUCGCCGUCAUGUCAACAGUUACCGGCACCGUGGUCACCGAAGUCAUCAAGGUGCUUCCCGAAUAUAAAGAUCACCCCAACAUCAUUGCUUCAGCACUUGCUGUCAUUGCUGGUGCGGUCAUCUGCUUCAUCGGGCUUAUUCGUUGUGGCUGGAUAGUCGACUUCAUCUCUCUGUCCGCUAUUUCCGCCUACAUGACUGGGUCUGCCUUGAACAUCGCUGUUGGUCAAGUCCCCGCGCUAAUGGGCAUCACUGGAUUCUCCAACAGAGACGCCACCUACAAGGUCUUCAUCCACAUUUUGCAGCAUCUCGGGCGAACCAAGCUCGACGCUGCCUUGGGCCUGACCGCUUUAACUAUGCUAUACAUGAUACGGAGUGUUUGUAACUAUGGAGCUCGAAAGAUGCCACACAGAGCCAAGACGUUUUUCUUCAUUUCGACCCUCCGAACCGCUUUCGUCAUUCUUCUCUACACCCUGAUCAGUUGGCUCAUGAACAGGCAUCACCGCAAGAAGCCUCUCAUCGCGAUUCUGGGCGCAGUGCCCCGAGGAUUUAAGAACGCUGCAGUCCCAACAAUAAACAAGAAGCUCAUCAAAGCCUUCGCAAACCAGCUUCCCGCAUCCAUCAUUGUGAUUCUCAUCGAGCAUAUCGCGAUCGCCAAAUCCUUUGGUCGUAUCAACAAUUACACGAUCGACCCAUCCCAGGAGAUGGUAGCUAUUGGAGUUAGUAAUUUACUUGGCCCGUUCCUUGGAGCUUAUCCAGCUACGGGAUCUUUCUCCCGAACGGCCAUCAAGGCGAAAGCCGGCGUGCGAACUCCGCUCGCUGGUGUAAUAACCGCCCUCGUGGUCCUUCUUGCCAUCUACGCGCUGCCUGCCGUCUUCUUCUACAUUUCCAACGCAAGUUUGUCAGCGGUCAUCAUCCACGCAGUCGGGGACCUGAUCACGCCCCCAAACACCAUUUACCAAUUCUGGCGCAUCUCUCCGUUGGAAGUCAUCAUCUUCUUUGCCGGUGUCAUUGUGACUGUCUUUGCCAGCAUCGAGGAUGGUAUCUAUACAACAAUUUGUGUUUCGGUUGCCGUACUGCUAUUCCGCGUCGUCAAAGCCAAAGGUCGCUUCAUCGGCAAAGUGAAAAUCCAUUCGGUCAUUGGAGAUCACAUGGACGGUCAAAGCGGCUCUUUCGGCUCCAACGACCCUGACAAAUCCACCCGGAAUCUCUUCCUCCCAAUAAGCCACAAUGAUGGCUCCAAUCCCGAAGUCGACGUCGAAUCACCAUACCCGGGCAUCUUCAUGUACCGCUUCUCUGAGGGUUUCAACUACCCUAACGCCAACCACUACCUCGAUGACAUGGUCGCCACCAUCUUCAAAGAAACCCGCCGCACCAACCCUGCCCAAUACCCCAGACUCGGCGACCGCCCCUGGAACGACCCUGGCCCUCGCCGCGGCCAACCCAUCCCCAUCCAACCCGACAAACCCACCCUCAAAGCCAUCAUCCUUGACUUCUCCUCCGUCAACAACGUCGACAUCACGUCCGUCCAACACCUCAUCGACGUCCGCAACCAACUCGACCGCUACGCCUCCCCGGACACCGUGGACUGGCACCUCGCCUGCAUCAACAACCGCUGGACCAAGCGAGCCCUCGCCUCCGCCGGCUUCGGCUUCCCCACCCCCCAAGGCGACGCGCCGGCGUUCGAGCGCUGGAAGCCCGUCUUCAGCGUGGCGGAAAUCGGCGGCCAGAACAGCGCGGCGGCGGCCGCCGAGUACGACGUGAACGAGAAGGCGCUGAGGCGCCAGCGGACGGAGGAAGCACGGAGCCGCAGCAUCGGCGGCGACAAGGCCGACGCCAUCGCCCGCGGCCUCGACACCGCCAGCUCCACCAGCGGCAGCGAUCUCGCGCUGCAGCUCGAGAACAGCAAAGCGUACGGCGGCGGCAAGGGCCCCCGGGCCCGGGUGGCGGCCGUGCACGGGCUCAACAAGCCGCUGUUCCACGUCGAUCUGACGAGCGCGCUGCAGAGCGCCGUCGCCAAUGUGGAGAUGAGAGGCGACGGGGCUGUGGCCAAGGGAGUGGGUACCGAGGGGGUUUGA